AGACAAGCAAUAAUCUAAUUACUCAGACCAAACCAAUAGUAAGCUCCUACUGCAGCGAUUUUAAACAUAAUAAAAAUUAAUUUAAUACAAUGAGGAAGGCACCAAAUUACAAGUUUUUGGACUUAGCUCAUAGAGGAGUAGUGGUCACAUGCAUUGGACUUACACUUUAUGGAUCUUGGAUGCUUGGCAGUAAGUUUUAUACAUAUUUUACAGUCAUUAAACCUAGAAGAGAAGAACAAGAGUUGCGAAUAAUUCAAGAAUUAGAUAAAAUGGAUACUUCAGCCUUGAUUGACAACGCGAAACCAUUCAGUUCUUAAACUUUGUAAAUUUUCAAUAUUUGAGAUCCAGUAAAUUAGAUUUUAAAAUAAAGAUUUUUGUUUAUAGAAAAUAGA